AAGGGGCCUGGAUGCUACAUAAAGCUGCUGGAGGAUCAGGCCAGCGGAAAUUAAGUGUUUUGGUACCUGAGGCAGAGGGUUACACGGGGGCCUACCUUGCCAAAGCUUUAGGUGGAAAAGGCUGUCUCUAUAUAAUGCCCAUCCAGGACACUUUAGACACCUCCCCCUUGCCCUACUCAUCGAAGGAGUUCGAAAAUAUGCCAAAAGCCAGAUGUGCCACGUGUCAUCUAAGCAUGCCUGUCCAGCUGUUGGCUUUACACGCACAAGAGUGUGAACCAAGCAGCUGUUCUGACCGCAUGGAUCUGGAACCGGAUCUGGACCCAGAUUUAGAUGAGUCUCCAGCUACAAGCAAUCCUGGGAAUGCUUCUCCAAGUGUGCUCCCGUGUAGGACCUCCUGUUCUAAAAUCGAUAUUGCGGUGGCCUGUCCAUUGUGCUCAGAGUUAUUUCCAGAGUAUUUUGUUGAAAUACAUGCCAGCACUUGUAGAGAAAGUACAUUGCAGUCAACACAAAUUAUCGAUUUGGAAGAACAUGCCAGUGAAGAACUGACAGGGCGAGAGAAAAGUCUUGCUGAAGCCAUCGAAACACUUAGUGGACGAGUGGACACAACGACACUCUUUAGUGUCACUAGGGAGGACAUCUUUGAAAGGGGUUUAGGGCAGUGGAGACGUCAGAAGAAGUCUUCUCCCAAAAAAACCCUCAGUGUCUUUCAUUGGAGAGUCUGGAAUUGACCAUGGGGCUCUCAGGAAAGAAUUCUUAACAGGUUGAGAUAGCUGAACCUGAAGCUAUGUACGACCUUCUGGAUCGGAUAACAGCAUGCGGGUACAGCGGUCCUGCCACGUGGGAGAGGAAGGAAGAAAUAAUAAAGGCAAUUAUCUUGCACUCAUCGGUCCGCAUCCUACCAAUGCUGCAGCAGAUAUGCUCAGGCAUGAAGCUGUAUGGCUUGUGCGAGAUGAUUGUACAACAACCACACAAUUUCAGGGAUCUGUUCGUCCCUGGCCUUCAUCAAAAGCCGGAUGCUGAAUUCCUGAUGGGAGCCAUAUCUCCAGUCUUCAGUGAGCUGGGCUCGCUGCGACGCCAGAGGGAAUCGAGGAUUAUAAACUUUUUGCAAGACUUCAUCCAAAACAUUGAAGAUGAAGGUGAUACUACUGCCCUGACAUUUUAUAAACGUAUUUGUUCUUGAAUUGUACCCCCGAUUACGACAGGCAACUCAAUGACAGCUUUGUAUACCUGUUUUAUUCAUGUUUACAUGUCUCAGUUUAAACACAACUUUGCAUCAUGAUAGUUGCGAUGAAACAAUGAUAACUCAAACAGGACUGGCUAAUGAGGUUUUCUUCUUCAAAAUAUCCACAUAAAAAACAAUUUAAAAACAAUAGCCAUAUUUAUUGACAUUGCUUAGGUGAAAAUAUGCAUUUCUUUGUAUUCAUUUUCAACUUGUUUUAAGAGGAAGAAAAGAGCUUCGUGGUUGAAGAGAGGGGGACCCCUGUGAAGGUAACAGAGAGUGAUCUUGAUGAUGGAGACUCAAGAGAGAUAGAGUCUACAGGUGAACCGGCGAGAGAUGAAGA